AAGCGAAGCAAAAAAUAUUUGCUUGAAGGCAAGGACCAAAAUCCGAACUCAGAAAACUCCUGGAUCUGACUUCUCCUUUCAAAGUGGUUCUGAAGAACAUCAGGAUGGGGAGCUGUUUACGAGGAGCAGCAAAAAGAAUUUGUCGGGUCUUCAUACCUCUAGAAAAGUGCGAAUGGAACUUUUGCCAACACCCCCACCACUAAAGAAAUCAAAAAGAAGAGAAAAUCAACUUAAAACAGAUUCAAACGCUUUCGCAGAGAAAGACGGCGCUUGUCUCUCAGCUGAAGUCGAAUUCGAGGAAAUGAUUAUAGAACAUGCUCAAAGUCUGGAUGAUACGCCGCCCAACCCAAUACCUACGCCGUCGUCCAUUCCAGCACUGUCAAAUACAGAUAUUGAUGAAGAUGAUUGCCCGCCUACCAACAAUGAAGCCUGCCAUGAUAAAGAACCAACUGCUUCACCACAAUCAGUCUCUGGUGAUCAUGGUGGUUUUAAUUUGAUGACUUUGGACAAGUACUCCAAUGAGGGAGUAGUACCCAAGUGUACUACUGAAGAUUAUCAGGGUACAGUCCUGAAGAACUUCGAGCUGGUUAAAAACAAACUGGCUUCCAAUGGGCUUGCUCUUGAGAGUCUGUUCACCUUGUAUGAUCAGUUGCGUAUCAACCUGUCCAACAACGCGCACGAGGAGAGCACCACCAAGCCUGUUGAAGAUGAAAGUUUUGGGCUAGAGCUACCUCUAAAAGGACCAGAUGAAUUUGACCAAUUGGAGAAGAAUUUGGAAGAUAAAUCUUUCUACAAAAAACUGGUGAAAGCAACACAAAAACACAUCUUGAAAGUAGGCUUGAAACUCUCAGGAUCGAAAGAGGCCAAAAUCAAAAAGUGUAUCGAAGCCACUGUGAUGCCAUGGUAUUUUUCUCCCUCUCUCGUCAAAGUCAGCAGCAAAGCAGGACAAGGCGAAAAAAACAUUGUCAAAAUUGCUGGCACUCUGUUUGUCAGCAUGAUUGCUGAUGCAAUCAACGUAGUUGCAAAGGAUGGCAUCGCCAGUCGAGAAUUCGUUGAAUGCGUGAUGGGAGAAUAUCUUCGUCGAGUAGGAAGUAAGCUACGCCAAAGUGUUUCUGCACCAAAGUCCGUGGACCGGCGUAAAGCUUCUUUUUCUCCGCACAAAAAGACCCCUCUGAAGAAAUCAAGCCAUGUGAAAAAAGUAAAACCUGUUUCCCUGCUACUGAAGCUCACAACCAGCCCCUUAUCAACACCAACCAAAAAGCGCCAUGAGGACUUGGAUGCAUCUUCCAACCGGACAGAAAAUUCUAGCGAGGAGAUAGAUUCUGAGAGCCAUCAUGCCAGUGGAUCAGAAAAUGAUGUUUCCUUGAGUGAUACGGAGUUGCGCUUUUCUUCUUAAUUUGCUUCAUUGAUAGUGUUUGAAGUUGCCAAAAGAUGGUUCCAGCGGGUUAAUUUUAAUUUCAUCGAGUGUUCGCAAUUUUGGCCAGCCGGUUUUUGCGGGGGCGGUUAAAACCAAAAGAAACUGAGCAAUUUUUGCCAGGCUAUAAUUGGCAUUUUUUAAAUUGGUUUAAUUUUUAGGCAUAGAACGAGCUCAAUUAAUAAUUACGGGAAUAUUUUAAUUUUAAUGCAAACAAAAUCACGAUAUUUUCAUGAAAUAUUUUUGAAUAAAAAGAUUCAAAAUCAUGAUUUUUCAGGUGAAACCAUUUUCAACUUUCUUUACAUACUUCAACUCAAGGAAACCUUAUUUCAGCCAAUUCAGCCGGCUAAAAACUGGUUAUAACCGGCUUGGUCGAAAUUGUUUUAAAAAUGCCGGCUUUUUCCGAACACUAUUCAUCGUAGUCACAGGUUAUAAUUAUGAAUCCAUCCUGCCAGAGAGCGCUCUUGGCAUUAAUAUCUGAUUUCCUUCAAUGCGUCUCAAACAAUUCUUAAGAGACUGAGGUAUUUAAAUCUGAAUAUAAAUGAAGACUUUAUAUUUAAGUAAUAUGUGAGCCUGCGUUAUGGACCUGCCGAUGGGACUAUUGGAAAAGUAAGCAAUAAAAACCA